UAUACUCGAUCUCUCCAGAAAAGAGUUGCACAUCUUGAAGCUCAAUCACUGAAUACGGGACAAGGUGACUCUCCAGUUGUACGACAUAGUGCUGCAAGGGACUCAUGUAUUGGUGGCGAAGGCCUCGAACUGCAAAACAAUUCAGCCUUAACCCGCCACACUUCCAGGAUAUGCACGCCUUCCCAACAGUCAGUUGAAGGUUUAUCCAGACCAGAAACAGAAGUUGCUCACAAUUUAAUUCUCUCGGCAUGUCCGGCCUCCAAUGUCCCCUUUUCCUCCCUUCUCCAUGCUGAAGUACCAGAUCAGCAACUGGUAGAUGGCGAUCAAUGCGGUCAUUCAUCCCUAUUGGUUAGCAUACUAGCUGCCCUUUCAAGCGGAAAUCCUUGUGGGAUAAAGUCACCUCAGACCGAUAGUCUUCGCGACAUACGAAUUCAUUCAUCUGAGGCAGCUCAAUUAAACACCCCGAGAGAUUCAAUCUGUCUUUCGGAUUCUGUGAGCGAUGGGCUCAUCGAGGUUUAUCUUCAAAGAGUGAAUCCACGGUAUCCCUUUCUUCAUGGUGAUACAUUUUUGGAAUGGUAUCAGUCAUGGAAAGCAUUCAGGAAAGUUGAGCCUACUGCAGAUCAGAAAGACCGAUGGAAAGACUUUUUCGUGGUGAUGGUGCAAGCCGUCAGUAUACUUCUGACUCCGCAAGUAUCUAAAAGCGACAUUGCCGUUUCUCAAGUAAGUUCAUUCCAUCGGCCUCUAGAGAAGUCACUAAAGACAUGGCAGUCAUUGUACAACACGGCGAUCAAUUUUCUACCAUUUGUUUUCGCACAUUCUAGUUCAGUUUUGCAUGCACAGGCCUAUCUAGUCUUGACUUUGCAUGCUCUGCAUUCUCCUUCAUCGCAGAUGAUUGUAUCAAUGGCAUCGGCAACAAUGCGCCACUGUGCCAUCAAUCAGCUUCAUCUGGCCGAAACUGAGCCUAAUGUACCAUUUCCCGAUUUCUCGCUCGAGGUACAGAUCCGUCGCAGGGUUUUCUGGUCUGCAUACGCGUUAGAUCGAUUGAUUAGCUGGAUUUAUUACAUUCCGAACAAUCUCAUUGAUGAGCAUAUCACUGUUGAGAUGUUUUCGAAUGUCGAAGACACCCAUUUGUAUCCCGAUACGACAAUAAUUGGCCAGGCACGGGCAUCUGACUUGCCUCAAAGAACGCAUAUAUCCCCAGCUCUACAUCUUAUACGAUGCAGAUGUAUUCAAUCGCGAAUUAUUAGCACAAUGAUGCGAUCUGACUUCAAUAAGAUUGAUGCCUCCCCGGCAUGGAGACAACAUAUGCUGCAAGAGCUAGAGUCUUGGAGAACGCAGAUACAAUUGCUUAGCCACAGAUCCUCCAGAGGCUAUUUGAGUGACCGGUGGGUUGGCAUGGCAUACAAUUACACAAUCCUCUUGUUGCAUCAACCCACAAAAGAAAACGCGUCUGGCACUUUCGGCGAGCGGUCGGUAAAAGCUAGUGUCCAAAUAAUGUUGACUUUCAGAGAGUUCCAGAAGGAUCGACAGACUGCCCAAUUGUGGCCUGGGCUUCUGAGUCAGUUCAAUGUUGGUGUCACUUUUCUAUAUUGCUUCUGGGCAACUCCGAUCUCCCAUCGAUCAACCGAAUACAGCUCCCUAGAGGUAUCUGAAGCAUUACGCGCCUGCUCAACGGGCCUAGCAAUUCUAUCUGAGCGUUGGAUUCAAGCCGAGCCCCUUCGCGACAUAUUCGACAUCCUGGCCAAGGAGAUUCCUCUACACAGCGUGGAAUCAAUCCCACGGUGUCUAUCUGCGGACGCAGUUACUCGUAUCAAAUCCCAAAUGGAUUGGUUAAGAGUCGUUGUAAAGAAUCGUGGAGUUUUGCGGAUGCUAGAUGAGAUGGUCAACGAAGAUUUUCCCUCCAGUCCUGUCGGAAAUUCUGGCCAAGUGCCCAAUCAAGAAAAUGGGAUUCAGGAAAUUACCGAGCACUUCUGUUCCGAGCAUUGCUCUUUGUUUCCGGGGACUGUGUUCAAUGAUCCGAUGACAAGAAUGGGGGGGAUUGGAAGGCGAAUAUGA